CGUGUAAAUUCGUGAUUUUCGCGCGUGUGCAUAGGAAGAAAACUUGGAAAACUCUACCUCGAGACUGUUCCCGGGCCACCCCUCAACACGAGACAUUGGUGAGAAGUCGAAGUAAGAUGUAUGCACGAGUGCAUCGUGAUAUUUUGAAAUCGCGAGUUAACUCCGUCAUUAGCGAAAAGCCAAGUACAACUGAAGGAAAGUGAAGUUUGUCGAAGACGCGAAUUUCGCGCCAGUUAACGCGGUGUUUGAAAUCACAAAUUUUGCGAGUGUACAGUUCGGGAGUGCGUGAGACUAUUGAGGAAAGAGCGAUCUGUGAAUUAAGGAAGAUCUUUCUGCGGAGAUAGACGAGAAAGAUUACUGAUAACCGUCUGACAGGGCCACAAUACGUGAUCCAGUGGAAUGCUUGCGGCAGAUCACGUUUUUAAACGCGCUAUCAUAUACCGCGUAUAUGUGAUAUCAUUGGCGCAUGCGCGGCCUACAUCAGAGGAAGAGUUGACAGUUGGUGUCACUAAGCACCCUAGGCCCUAGGCACUCAGUCGUCAACAUGGCGGAUAGCGACUUACUCGUUACAAUCUCGGGCGCGGCGCUUUCGCUGCUAUUCUUCGAGAAUGUCCGCAGUGUCGGCAAUCAGAUGGGCUUCCUUCUCGGGGAAGCGCUCGAAUUUGUCGUCAAGACCUACACCGACUCUGACAAUCAAGUGGAGACCGUCAAGAUUCAUAUUAAUGUGGAGGCUAUUGUAACAUGUCCUUUUCCUGAUCUUAUGCAUGAUAGCAUUCAUAUCAACAAGGAGAAACUGAAGGAUUUUGUGCAUGAUAAGAGCAAACAAGUAAUUGGUUGUUUCCGUUUUCGCAGAAAUACAACCAAUUUGACUCUUACCUGUACAGAUAAGCUUCUGCACAAACAGUUUGCCUCGCACUUCUCUGGUGGAAAUGGCUGUAAGGAAGAUUUCUUUCUUACUUGCCUUCUGAGUGCCUCUACUUCUGAAACAUCUGGUACUCACAAGUUUCGCCAUGUGUUCCUCAGGCGUAAUAAGCGAGGAAUAUUUGAACCGAUAUCUUUAAAAAUAAACAAUCUGGGAGAUGAUGCAUCCAGACACGAUGGUUCAGAUUAUAAACCGACACCUGUUAGAAAGUCUACACGCACACCUGAUGGCUUUACUGAACUAAUAGAAUCAUUGAAUUUGGAUGUAGCGAGGAUAGGUGGAUUAGGCUCCGCUAUGCUAAUUCAAAGGGCUGCUGAACAACAUUUGAUGUCACUGAUCCCGAAAGUGUGUGAAUCCGAUCUGGAGGUAGCCGAAUUGGAGAGGCAAGUGCGCGAAUUGAGAACCAAAGUCACAGUACAACAAUCGGCCAAAAGGUCAAAAAUCAAUGGCGAAAACUGCAAUAGAAUCUCCAAGACAAGCAGGGAGAAUUGCCUUUUGGAAAAAAUCGAUUCUUCGGCGAAAAAUGAGAUGAGAAUCGGCGAUGACGCGCGUCUCCAAAGAGAGGACAUUCCGUCUUGCACUACCAAUAAUCGAACUCCCUGCCGCAAUACCGCCGCCUGCAUCGCUAAAAGCGCAGAAAAAUCUCGCCGAUUGGGACGCAGCAGUCCACAAGAAAGUAGUAACCAACAUCAAGAAACACAAAACUCCUUCACCAAUAGCAGGCGCUCCAUUCCGGAAAUUGCCACUGAAUCUAUUUGUCAAGAAGGCAGUGAGAUAAGCCUAGGUAGAGGCAGGGGUAGCGGUCGGGGCAGUCACGAAUUCACGCCGGGCAUGAAGAAAAUACGUCGUACUCCAGUCAUACCUCACAUGUAUUCCUCUCGCGAAAGAAGCACCACACCAGAACAGGAUUUUUCUGACGCAGAAUGCCCUGCUACUGUCAAGUCUCCCGUUCUCAGGUCCUACAACCAGGUAACAAAAAAGACAAAUCUGGACAAGUGCAAUUCAUCAGUGGCAUCAUUGGAUAUUUGAGUGAAGAAAUUAAACUCCAGAGAAAUAUAUUGUUUUAACUUUUCUCUAACUUCAGACAUUCAAAAAUUUGAGGAAGAUUUGAAAGAACCUGAAAAAAUAAAAAAAAAAAAAGGAAAUUCUAAUGUCGUACAAAGCACAUGAUUGAAGGAAUUCGAAAAAAAUUUGAGAGAAU